CCGGCGCGCGACGGCGGGCAGCGGGAGUGCGCGAGCUGCUGCGCCCUUGCGGGGGGUGGGGUCCGUGCGCGGGAGGCAGGCAAUGCCACCUAUUGGUGAUGCCCCAUGUUACCUUCUGCUAUAGAAUAAUUACACCUGAGAGGAAGCAUGAGUAAAUGCAGAUCUAGGAACCAGCUGGUGCUUUGAGAAAAGCUAUGAAUCGUGGGGAGUACCUGAGAAGAACAAGUCCAUAAUAGAAGCCAUUAAAUGGAGAUGCAGUUGCUGAGAACAGCCAGUGGAUUUGUCUGGGUUUACGAGGACGUUCAUAUUGAAUUAGGCUCUCUCUGCCAGUGACUGGCUGUGGAUUUAUGGAGGUUCUGGGGAGCAGCUUUGAGUACUGCCACGCACAACAUUGUGCCCACUGAGGAAAGCUCUCGGCCAGCUCGCCUGCCCCUGGGUCCGUGCCCUUGGGUUUAACCAUUCAAAUCUCCCGUGCAUGGCUCUCGCAGCCAAGGGACUUCUGCUGGCUGCUGCCACAGCCUGAUCCGCUUCGGGCCCCCAUUGCUGCUCCCAAGUACUCCACCUAUCCAGAUGGGGUAACGUGACAGAGCGAAACAGCACGCGAAGAGGUUCCCCGAUGCAGAGGCCUUUCUAGAGAAGAGAGGAAGGAAACCGGACGGCGCAGAAGGCAGGGAGGGCGGCGGCUCUGGAUUGCACAUCCAAAGGAAACUGACACUACAAAGGGAGAUUAUUAUUUUUUAUUAUUAUUAUUUGGCUUCAAGCACAGAUCUUUUUGUGUGUGUUGGAGGAUCUAACACACUCCCAAGAGCUGGGAAUAUUUGCACAACAUUUGUGUUGGGGUAUUUUUAAAUUACUUCCCUCCCACCCCAAACGCCAAGGUUUUUUUUUGUUUUGUUUUGUUUUACUUCUCGUCCUUCUUUCUUUAUUUUCCCCCUGCCACCCUCACUUCACCAUGGCCCGUAUGAAUCGGCCUGCGCCUGUGGAGGUGUGCUACAAAAACAUGCGGUUCCUGAUUACUCACAACCCCACCAAUGCCACGCUCAGCACCUUCAUAGAGGAUCUGAAGAAAUAUGGAGCGACAACGGUAGUGCGGGUCUGCGAAGUGACCUACGACAAGACUCCCCUGGAGAAGGAUGGCAUCACAGUAAUGGACUGGCCCUUUGAUGACGGCGCUCCUCCUCCCAGCAAAAUAGUGGAAGACUGGCUCAACUUGCUGAAAACAAAGUUCUGCGAAGACCCUGGCUGCUGCGUGGCUGUUCAUUGUGUGGCUGGCCUGGGCCGAGCUCCUGUUCUCGUAGCCCUGGCUCUGAUUGAGAGUGGGAUGAAGUAUGAAGAUGCCAUUCAGUUCAUCAGACAGAAGCGCAGAGGAGCCAUCAACAGCAAGCAGCUAAUGUACUUGGAAAAAUACCGGCCAAAGCAGAGACUCCGAUUCAAGGACCCUCACAACCACAAGAACAGAUGCUGCAUCAUGAAUCGAGGCAAGAACGAAUGGCAGGUCUCCUGCUGGACUUCAGGUGUCAGCCAUGUGUCCCUUCCCUAGAGCACUGCCCCCGUGUGUCCUGUCACCUCUGACCUCUUUAUUAAAUGCACUAGCUUUACAAAAUGGAAAGAAGAUGUUUAAUGUGCUGCUUGUCUGAUAAGAAAGGGUGCUGCCCAGAGCAGCUUUUUGCUCAGAUGCUGCCACCGAGGCCUGGCGGGUAGAGCACAUGGCAAGUGCCCACAAUCCCAGCUCCACCGUACACUUCCCCUGUGGCUUGCGCACAUCAUGUCAGGUGUGUAUGUGUCCGUGUCCCAAAAGAGGAAAUGAAAAUGGCUGGAAGGAUGGAUAGCAAAGCGCCAAGUGGCCAUUGAGUGUUAGCCACAUGGGGGAUGUCCUCCCGGAAACUUCCCCGGCUAAUCUGCGUGAAAGUCACUGGAGUCCUAGGUGUGGAGAGGGGCUCAGAAGGGUCAGUCUCUUGCAUGCAGGUCCUGUAGCGGGGAAGGAUUAAGAAACUCUUCCUCCAAAUCCUGCAUCCAUUUCUAAGGGCUCUCCUGCCCCGUGUGCGGAGGGGAGCCUGCGCCUGAAGAAAGGGGAGAUUCACGUGAGCAGCCUGCUGUUUGGAAGGGGCAGGUGAGCUGGACACAUCCAAACAAAUGCCGCUUGCUUCUACCCCAGUGCCCCUGGGCUCAGGGAAUGCAGUGCUCCCCUGUGGGCAUGGGGCAGGAGAACAGCUUGGAAACCCCCGGGAGUCUUCCUUUCUCUCCAUGGCUCCCUUCUGUAGCAGGGAGAAUAGGGCUCCCGUUGCUUCGCCGACCCAUGCCAUUGCUCCUCCUUGUGACUGUGCAUUUCUCCGAGCCCAGAAAGGACCCAGUCUCAGAAAUCACCCGCUGCCAGCUUGCUCUUCCCUAACCCCUAGCCGAUUGCAGAGCAGGGUCUCUAAAGGGAUUUCAGUGACACUUCUCAGAGAGGCAGCCCCAGGGAAGGGUUUUUCCCUCCUUCCCAGCCCCCUGGCUGUUCCAGGUUCUGCCAUGAGCCGGCCAGCCCCACAAUAUCCAGGAACUGGUGAUUGUUUAAAAUGGGGCAGAGGGGGAGCAGCCUCCUUCCCUAGUGGCAAAUGAAUCUGCAGUGCAAGGAGUGUUUGUGGCGGAGGGAGAUGCAGGAACACCAUCCACGGGAUCUCUGGCUCACUACUGCACCCACUCUCUUUUGGGGCUCUGGUGAACCUAGCGAUGGGGAGUUCUCCACCCCGCAGUUGUCCUGAGUCGCUAUCUGAGCAUGCCCAGUCACUGCCAAGGAUACUUUAUACUCCCCGCGGAUGCUCCUUGUUGUUUAAGGCCAUGUGACAUGCAAGAUGGCCAAUUUCCGCCCUCCACGCUGUGCGGUGGAGAAUGGAAUGUUCUGGCCCAGUGUGAACGCGGCUUCAGCGAUGCUGCGCCAGCUCAAUCCUUCUGUGUGGGUCGGUCUGAAAGGAGAAGUCCUACCUCUUUCACUGGCCCCUCUAACAUUGGGGGCAGGCUUGGGGGGUAAACGGACGAAUUGCCCUCCCCCCCACUCCGUGCAGUGCUGUAUGCUUCCCAGUUUGUCAGCGCUGUCAGCUUUGACCUCAGCUGGGUUCCAGCUCAGGAUCUCUGCAAGCAGGUGCCUUCGUGUCAGGCAUUCGAAGCUUGGGUGGACUCAGCAGUUCAUCUUCCCCAGCCCAGCCCUUUACCUCUACUGCAGCCAGCAGUAAAGAUGGCACCCUCCAGUCUAGAAAGAGGGCUGAUACCAGAAGAACUCCAAACAAAACAGCCUGCAAGGUCACAUGUUCCCUGGGCAUGUCUCAGAGUCAGGCCUGGCUUCGGCUUUGGAGUGUGCCUUGACGUGCUCCACACCAGAGCAGCCCAUUGACCCUGCACACACCCUCCCCCAAGUGAAAUCCUUAAUGCAGGCACAAUGGAGCAUGCAUGUGUGUGAACACAUGGCAACAAUUACAUCAUGAACACCACUGGGCAUGCUUAUGGGGCAGCUGUCCCGUGGCAGAAGUGAUGUAUUUUUAAACACCCACCACAAUAUGCUUGUUAAUUCCUGCCCUUGCAAGAAGAAAACACAUUUUUAACAGAUGAAAAAUGGAACAUAUUUGCCUUCCACGAAUCCUCUGGCCUUUCUUGUCUCAUCGGCUCCAUUUCUCAGCACCGCAGGGCACUGCAGCUCAUCUGUCAAGGAACUGGGGCUGGAAGGCCCCGCCAACGGAAAGAAGAAUAUAAACUUCCCUCCUCCUGAGCAGAACACACAGAAAUGAUGAGAGACGAUCCACACCUCAGUGCAAAACCUUCCUUCUGGGGAAACCAGCCCAAGUUGUUCAUGCUUAUUGCAUCUCGAAUUGGAAAUAUAGUCCACUCACCCGCCAUGCUGGUCAAGCGCAAAGUCAUGAAUGGAAAGGACUCUGCCCUUCAGCAUAAUUUGUGAUUGUAACUUGUCAUCAUAGCAUUUUCCGUUAAUAUCCCGUGGGGAUCAUGAAUGGGGAUUACAAAUGCUGAUUUCAUCUGCUCCUUGUCAGUAAUAGCGACGUAGGCCAGAACCUAUUUGCAUGGAUGGGCCCAGAUGAUCAACAAUGCCUAGUGAUUUUGAGUGCCUCCAGUUUUGGGGUGCCCAACUGGAGCUGUCUUAAAGGGACCUUGACUUUCAAAAAGUGCUAAGCAUCAGGAACUAUUUCAAGUCUCAAAUUCUGGGCCCCUAAAAACAGACAGUCACCAGCCACUCCUGCAGCUUCACCUCCGAUCUCGUAAAGAAGGCUGUAGAGGUUCUUCAGGCAUCUGCAAAGGAGCCGAUGUAGGUUUAAUGGCUCCAGGCUGCCUGACUUAUUCGGAAACUGUCUCUAGUGCUGCCUCUCAUCCACCCCAAACGCCACCGCUUCACAGAAUGCUCACGCUGAGGCCAAUCCCAGGGGGUUGGUUAGUAGUGUUAUUCCUUCGGUUGUACUGGACACUACUGGGAGAUCAUGAUGACCUUGAGUGUGCACCACACUGAGCAGUGCCCCAGAGCAGUGCUGUGUUUCUGUGCCAGCAGUUCGUCUCUCCUCUGCCUCUAGAUCUUGGCAGGAAUCCCCCACAAGGUCACUGCCUUGAGAUGGAAGUGAGAUGGCACUGAGGUACUGUCUGUCUAGACAGCAUAGAGUAAGAGCUCUCUUACCAGCCCUAGCUUCGAUUUGCUGCUAGUAUCCUCCAUAGCGGAUACAGUCUCCACGCAAAGGAGCUCCUUACAUUUGCAUGGCAACAUCCGCAGUGGUUCUCCCAAGAUUUCAGAAUCCAAGGCACAGAAAUCCCCAUCUUAGUUUAACAUGACAUUAGCAGGAGCUCUACAAAUCCUCCCGAGCUAAGAGGGAGUAGUGUGUUGUUGAGUCUCGGAGAGGUUAGAGAUGGGACAGACCUGCAGCAGCAGUAGCCCAGAGGGGAUUAAGUUUGGUGUUUAACUGAUCCAGACUGGAUGCUCAUUUUCACUCUGAUUUACUCCUGUAGCAUUUAUUUGCAGG